AAACACUUUCUCUAUAUCUUGUCUUCAUUUCUUUACUUCCUUUUCAACCUUCUUCCUGUCUGGGCGGUUUUGAUUCUUGAAAUUCAAGGAAAAAAACACCCUAGUGAUUAGCAACGUAUAUAUAUCUAUAUAUAUAGGCAUGUAUUACCAAUCGGAGUCACACAGUUCCUCCUCCGUCCACGGUGGAACCGGGUCGGGGGACCCUUUGGAGAGGGUGGUGCGGCUGGCGUCCGGCAGCGCGGUGGUGAUAUUCAGCGUAAGCACUUGCUGCAUGUGCCAUGCAGUGAAGAGGCUUUUCUGCGGGAUGGGGGUGAACCCAACUGUCUACGAGCUCGACCAAGACCCCAGAGGCAAGGAGAUCGAGAGGGCCCUCUCGCGGCUGCUCGGCGGAGGCUCCGCCGUCCCCGUGGUCUUCAUCGGCGGCAAACUCAUCGGAGCGAUGGACAGAGUUAUGGCGUCGCAUAUUAGUGGCACUUUGGUUCCACUCCUCAAGGAAGCCGGAGCACUUUGGCUUUAAUAUUAAUCAAUUAAUUUAAAAUAUAUUGGCUUUAAUUUGUAGAAUUAAUUUUCUUGUUAGGAAAUUAAGAGCUGACAAAAAUUCCCUCACGUUUUAGAUUAAUUAAUCAUGUACUAAUUAAUCAUAUGUAUGAGGGAGCAACCUUAAUUAUUGUACUUAAAUUUGCUCGAUCGUAAUUUUCAAUGUUAAUUUCUUGUAA